AUGAGUGAGCCUCAGCUGGCCGAGGCUAUCAACAACCUUGCGGACUCCUUGUCCCAGCUCUCCCUUGCCAUCCGGCCCUCUACCUCUAGCCCUAGGGGUUCUAGUGAUAGUUGGUUGGUUGUAGGCCCCGACUCUCCCGUCGAGCCUGGUUCCCGUGUGGCUCCGGGCCCUGGCCCUUUGCAUCAUUCCUCCCUCAGUGCCUCGGACCUCUCCGCCAGGUACAACGAGUUGCAGGGCAGCUUUCCUCCUGUGCCUGCCCAUUGUGUUAGGGCUUGCCGUGCCCUUACUGGCUCAGGCUCUUCUCCUGAGGCCCGAGCCUCCCGUGCUUGGAUUGCUGGACUUUGGGCUCGUCACUGUCUCGACGACUUGGUGCCGACUCCGCGCCCCUCUGCCAAGCUGCCUUCUUCGCUUCGACCCAGGCUUUACGUUGUGCUGCGCUGUGACGGGCUGUCUUGCCCCACCCGUCGCCUUCCCACCGGAGCAAUGACCGACUUGGCUUCACUGGAAGUGCUGUCGGAGGGUGCCCUGAAGUUUUUGGCACUGGCUUGGCCGGAGGGAGAACGAACUGCCCCGGUGAGCGAGGCUCUCGCGAUUCCGGUCCUCAAGAGCGGCUCGAGCGUUCUCCUUUGCAUUCCUUGCGGGUUUUUGUCUCUGUCGGCGCUGGACGCAGGACAGACUGCGGAGGACGACGCCCUUCUUGGGCCUUCCCGCCAGGUGACCCUUCCUUUUGGCAACACGGACGAGCAGGGACUGGAGGUGCCAAUCGACCUCGAGCAGCCGGUGCUGCUUGUCGACUUUUCUUCGGCAGUGCUGGAGUUUCUCCGGGAUUUGGGGGAAGAUCUGGUUGCCGAAGGGGUGUUCCCUUAUAUUCUUCACCAGCCGGACGCCACGCCUUUGGGAGACGAGCUUCUGACUGCAGCCCGCUCUUGGGUGAGGGAAUCCCCUGCGGAGAGGAUCGCCUUCUACUCGGCCCUCGAGGAUGCCGAGCCAAUGCCUGCCGAGCCUCCCGGCCCGAAGGCCCCAAAGGGGAAGAAGGCCACCGCUGCCAAAAAGAGGGUCACGACGGCCGACCUGGCCCAGCAGAUGACCCAACUUGUCUCCAUGCUUCCUUCCCUUACCGAGCAGAUCACUGCAAUGAAGGAGCGACAGGAGACUUUGGAGAAACAGGUUGCCGCGGGUCCUGCCCAGCCGACCCUUCCACUUCAACCGAAGCCCGCUCAUCAGCAGCCCUUCCUUCCGAGCAGGGGCCCAGGAUUACCUCUGGCCAAGCAGGCUUCGUUGGUGGGCCCGCCGCCCAGGACGCGACCUCCCGCUGGGGAGGCGGCGCCGGCCCCUCUGGAUGCUGCCGGGGCCCUCGAUGGAGACACAACUCUCGACCCUGCCCGGGAGCCUCUGCAAGCGGCCCUUCUUCAGCAGAGUCAGGCUCUGACCAGCCUUGUGAACCACCUUGUUUCUCAGCAGGACGGCGGCCUGAGCGAUCUGGCUUCCUCGAGUUCGGCAGGUUAUGUGGGUUCCAAGGGCGCAGCCCGCCGGGAGAAGCUUCAAGGACUCCUGGCCAACCGGUCGGGCGACUUCUUCCUCUCUGUGGUGCAAGCUGCCUCCAAAAGGCUUCAUCCUUCACAGCCAUCCCCGACUUCCAUCGCCGAUUGCUCGGGUCAGGUGUCGAUGUGCCAAUACCUCGAGAGGUUCGGUGGCUACGCAGGUCACCGGGAGACUGGCUACAUCAUGUGGUGCCUGGCUCACGUGAUGGACUGUUUGAUCCAACAGGACGUCACUGGGGCUCAGGAGUUCCUAGCCCUGACUUUUGUGGCGCUGGACCAGUCUUCGCUGGACGGGGGCCGCUGGGACUUUGCUUGGCUGCUGACGCUUCUGGAGGAGCCACCUGCUCAGCUCUUUCAUGGGCGUGGUGUGAGCGCGAACCCGCGCACCCGUGCGUUUUCUCCGCUCUCACCUGUGGGCUGGACAACCUGUGCCCUCCAGUACCUGAAGGAGGUCGACCUCAUAGUCACGCGGCGGCUCGAGACCAUAGGCUCUGGGACCCCAAAGCCGCCUCAGCCCAGCACGGCCGCAACGCCUCAGGCCGAGGAGACUCCCAAGCCAAAGGGGCCACGGCGUUACCCCAGGAAGGCAAAACCCGACGGGGCAAAGCUUGAUCGGCCUGCACCGCCUUCUGGGGCAUUGUUCCCGUUGCCUCUUCCUUGUGAUGGGGCUUUUGCCCGCUUCCCUUUGGAGUGCAGCUCUCGCUUUAGGCGGCGCGUCAUGCACAGGCGCCUCCUGCACAUCGUUUGCAUGGCUUUGAAUUUCUUGCAUUCGAACUUUGUGCCAAUCCCCCUUUCUGCGCUCCAGCGGCCACACAAUGCUGCACAGCGAAGCCUCGUUGCGCAUGUUGGUCGCCAUUUGAAGGCGUUCGGUGCCUCGGUCGGGGAGUUUAGCCUCUCUGAUUCUGGCCGCCGCAAUCCCCAAUUGAUUGCACGACUUUCUGAGCUUUUGGCUUUCUUGUCGGCCUCCUCGGCCGCCACGGGGGAUGCUUAUGCUGAUCUUUCAGGCACUGCCGUCCCUAUGCACAACGAACUGCGUCCCGGGCUUGAUCCUUUCAAGUCUCUUGAUGUUUCGAGGCUGCGCCUCUCGGGCCGUGGCGCCUGGGAUCCGCUUCCGCAUCUUCCUGAUGAGCUCUAUAUGGCUUAUGCGGAGCCUCGCUCGCUGCAUCACGGCGCGCCGCCUGGUGAUGAAUUCCUUCCUGUGUGGACCCGCGAGAGCCCUGCCCAAACCGCCUCUCUUGCUUCGCUUUGGGACGAGCUUGGGCUCCUUCGUCUCGUUCCUGCCUCCAUCUCCUGUUCGGAGAGCUAUCGUCUGGCUCGAGCGUUCAACUGUUACAAGACCGUCGACAAAGACCGCAUGAUCAUUGAUCGCCGUGGGCAAAACGCCGCCGAGGCCAGGCUCCCUGGUCCGAGCCUCUUUAUCCCAGUGGGGCCGAUGCUUGGGAUGCUCGAGGCCAAUCCUGGCAAGCAGUCGGUCCUUUGCGCGGCCACUGACAGAAAGGAUUUUUAUCAUCAGUUGCAGGCCGGCGAGAACAAAGCGGUUUGCAAUGCGCUCGGCCCGGCCCUGCCACGGGCCCAGGUUCAGCACCUUAAGGCUUUUCGGAACCUGCUCCGGCCUCCUGCCGAGUGGUUGGGUGGAUCUUCUUUUGCACUUUCGGGUCAGAGGCCCAGCCUGCUUUUCGAUCCCUCCCAUUUUCUGAUCUGCUUCGGCGCUGUCGCUCAGGGCGACCACCUUGGAGUGGAGUUUGGGACAGCCUGUCACUCCUCUGUGCUUUCCGCCGGUGGGUUGCUUGCCGAACACCAAAGACUCUGUGCCAAUCGGCCUUUCAAGGGCCUUUCGGCCGCAGAGGGCUUGGUUAUCGAUGAUUAUUUUUCGGUGUGCGUCCACGACCUGACCUCGCGGUCGCCCCCGCUCUGUUUGAGCCACCUCUGGGCCGCCAAGAAGAUCUAUCGGGAUGAGGGCUUGCUUGGCUCUGAUGAUAAGGACAUCCUUGCCGAGCCCUUUGCCAAAAUAGCUGGGGCCCAGGUGAACUCCACGGCCUACGCUCGCAGCCUCGGCCUGAUUACUGUCUCCGCCCCUUCGGAUAAAAGGGUUGCUCUUGCCAUGGUCACACUUGAGGCAGCGAGGUUUGGGAGCAUCACUGACAGUUUGCUGCUUUCCCUUAUCGGCAGCUGGACCUCGGUCGCUUUGUUCAGAAGGCCGCUUAUGGCUGUGCUUUCUUCGGCUUACGCUGUUGCCCCCGGCGCUACCGUUAAUGCCAGCCUGCCUCGGCUUUGCCUUCUGCCCCGUGCCGCCUCUCAGGAACUCGUUCUUCUGAGCGUUUUGUCUUUGCUGGCGGCUGCUGACCUCUCUGCUCCUUUUGGUGAUUGGCUGUAUGCCACGGACGCUUCUGAGCGUAAGGGCGGUUAUGUAAAGGCCAGGGCGGAUGCUUCGCUUUUGCGCCCUCUGUGGCGCACUGCUUCAAAGAAGGGGGGUUAUAGUCGGCUCUUCUCCAAGGAGGAGGCCGUGCUUGCCAGGUUCACGGACAGGGAGCCCUAUGAUCUUCGCAUGCAGGCCGGGCCUUCUGGCGCUUCACUUUCGCGCCCCCUGGCCUACUUCUUUGACUUCCUCGAGGCCGGUGUGGGCUGUGGUCAAGUUAGUUCUGUACUGACGGGAUUGGGUCGCUCGGUCGGUCCCUACCUGGCUCCUUGCAACAGCUCUGCCUAUGAUUUGGCGAACCUGCGCACUUUCGAGUGGCUUCUUUUCUUGAUCCAGCAUAGGCGGCUGCGGUCUCUGUUGCUCCUGCCUCCGACCACCACUUUCUUGACUUCCGGCUGGCCUUCGAAGCGUUCACGUGAUUUCCCCAAGGGACGCCUACCGCCUAGCUCGCGCACCCUUCGUGCCAACCUCCUGGCUUCGCGGUUCCUUGCGGCCUUCUUCUCGGCCCUCUCGUGUGGUGUCGUCUGUGUCCUUGGACACCCUGGCAGCUCCUACCUUACCUGUUGGCCUGAGUGGCGCCGCCUUUUGUGCAUGGGGGCUACCGAGCUCUCUUUGUGCCUCGGCCCGUUUUUGGGCACAUGCUGCAAGGAUUGCAAGUUCCUUGUUUUUGGCAUUGAUCUUUCUUCUCUUCUGGUUCCUUGCCGCCUUUGCGCCUCGGCUGUAAAGACUUCGCUUCGCAGCGGCUUGGACUUUUCAUUCCCCGCUUCUUUUGCCAAAGCUUUAGCCACUGAGUUUGACCACGCCCUGCGUCGGGUGUCUCACGUCGACUCGCACCUUCGACUGUCGACCGAUGGGCUCGAGAACCCCGUCCUGAAUGACAUUGUUCUUUCAUUGUCAUGGGAGGAGGGCUCCGCUUGGACUUGGCGCUCCCCCACUCACAUCAACAUUCUGGAGACGGCCUCGAUUCUUCGACUUCUUCGUUCCCUUGCACCUGGGGGCCCUCAGCGAGUCGUUGUCCUGGUUGACUCCUCGGUUGCUUUCAACGCCUGCGCCAAGGGUCGGAGCCCAUCCUUUGGCUUGAUGCCUGUCCUCCGCAAGAUUGCUGCUGUGUGCCUUGCUUCGGGCUUGACGGUUUCCUUCCACUUUGUGCCGACUCGCCUUAACCCGGGUGAUUGCCCCACGCGCGACUUGGAUCUGCCUGCUCCCCUUGCUUCUUCCUUUUGGGGCAAGCUUUCCCAUGAUGAGCUCUACGAGGGCCUUGCUAUGCCCAAGCUUCGUCGGUGGGCCUCGAAUUGGGCCAGGCUGGUUUGCCUUACUUGUGGCUGCCCUCCUGCUUUCAGGCCUUCUUUGGGCUGGCGUGCUCUCAGAUCCUCUUCGCGCCUUUUCGACUCUUCCCUUGGCUAUCCUGGAGAGGGUCCUUCUUUCAGGGUUUUCCUUUGGGGGUUUCUGUUCUUCAGGGUUCUAGCUGUGCCGAGCCAUGUUCUUCGCCCGCGGAAUGCUGCUGACGAGAAGCGCUCUGCUGCCCGUUCUGUGGUGCUGCUUCCUGAAGGCCGCCCGGUUGAGCCGGUUACACAGAAGCGGCGCGAUAAGCUCCUCGCCGCAUUCGCCGACUGGCUUCUGGAACAAGGUUUUGAGUUACUGGACCUCUGUGACCUACAGCCGGGAAGCACAAAGCGACUCAACCAGAUGCUGGUCUGUUACGGCCGUCAGCUUUUCGAUGCUGGCUGGCCUUAUUCUCACUACUCUGAGGUUAUAAACACUGUCACCGGGAAGGAGCCCGGGCUGAGGAGGUCUUUGCAGCCUGCUUGGGACCUCGCUUUUGCAUGGCUACGGGAGGAGCCUCAUUCUCACCAUGUUGCUCUCCCCUGGCAGCUCUUGACGGCGGCCUGCUCUCUGGCUCUGUUGUGGGGAUGGCCGAGGGUUGCAGGAGUUCUGGCUCUUACCUGGGGCGCUGUUAUGCGCAUUGGUGAAGUGUUUUCUGCUCGACGACAGGACCUUCUUUUGCCGGCCGAUGUUCGAGGUACUAUUUGCUUUGGUCUGGUUUCGAUAGGCGAGCCCAAGACUCGUUUCCGUGGGGCUCGGCACCAGUCGGCUAAGAUCGAUCAACCAGACCUGCUGGCUAUUGUUACCUUGGCUUUUGGGCAUCUGGGUGCUCAUUGUAAGCUUUGGCCAUAUUCGCCGGCUACCAUGCGCAGCCGCUUUGACCAGCUGAUUGCCAAGCUCGGUGCUGACAGGUGGCGGGACCAGGGGUCUCGCAAGUUGGACCUUGGUUCACUGCGUGCAGGGGGGGCCACAUGGCUCCUUCAGACUUCGGAGGAUUCUGAGCUGGUGAGAAGACGUGGCCGUUGGUUGAACAGCAGGACAAUGGAGAUAUACAUCCAGGAAAUUUCUUCUCUGCAGUUCAUGAACCGCUUGUACCCGGUCUCGCGUUCCCGCGUCUUCUCGCUCCUGGACAGCUUUAACGAUAUCCUCCAGGCCGCCAUCAAGCUGCAAUCUUGCUCAACGCCGCCAGGGCUGUGGUAUACUCAUUUUGCCGCGGUAUAG